CAGACAGGAAAGGGGUGGAGAAGAGUAGCCUGUAACUUGGGAGUGUAGAGACCUUCAUUUGGACCAUUUCGCAUUCAAAUUCCUGCAAACAUCUGAAGAAGGACUUUCAAAGGCUGACAAAGACAAGACAACCAAAGGAGUUAAGAGGAGACUCUGAGAGGUGAGAAGAAAUUUCACAAUGUCUUCAUUUGAGGCCCAGGGCCAGUCUCCUCCUCGGUGCGGCCCGCAGUUCCCCAGCCUUGGCCAGGAGCCGCCUGAGCUCAGCAUGUACAGUGACUGUUACUACCCUCCACCUUCACUGCCGAGUCCUCAGCGCACCACUCCGACCUCCUACGACCUGAGCGACUACACCACCUCCUCCCCAAACCCCUACCUCUGGUUCAACGGCUCCAGCAUCAACACACCGCCAUACCUGGCCACAGCCGGCCCUCCUGGUAACCCCGGCCCUCCUUUUGUCCCUCAGCACUACGGCAUGCAGAGACCUUACCUGGGUCCUGCCGGAGCUGGGGGUCCGGGAGGGGAGCUGAGCUGGUUCUCUCUCCCUUCACAGGAAGAUCUGAUGAAGCUUGUCAGGCCGCCUUACUCCUACUCGGCUCUGAUCGCCAUGGCUAUCCAUGGAGCACCGGACAGGAGACUGACAUUGAGUCAGAUUUACCAGUACGUGGCUGACAAUUUCCCUUUCUACAACAAGAGCAAAGCAGGCUGGCAGAAUUCCAUCAGACACAACCUGUCACUCAACGACUGCUUCAAAAAAGUACCGAGAGAUGAGGAUGAUCCAGGCAAGGGCAACUACUGGACACUUGACCCCAACUGUGAAAAGAUGUUCGACAACGGAAACUUCCGCCGCAAACGUAAGAGGAAGUCCGAUUCCCUCUCCGGCGGUGAUGGCGGCUCCGGAGCUCCAGAGUCAGCUGACAGUGAGAGGGGCAGCCCCAAACACUCAUCUGCCCUUACCAUCUCUCCCACGCCAGACAGGAUCCCCUCUCCUUCGUCGUCAGGCCCCGCACCUUGUCUCAGCAGCUUCUUAUCUGAGAUGUCUGGUGUGACAGCAGCUAAUGAGGUGGGAGGUGAUGGGUUAACCAGGCCACUGCACCUUCCUCUAGAUAGAGCCACGCAACCUGGAAGCUUUAGCAGCUACUCCCCCAACUCAGGUGGCCCAGAGUGGGUGCCACAAGUGCCAGCUCCCUCUGUGCUCUCCUCUUCACCCACCCACUCUUCUCUAGGCUACACUAGCCCCAUCCUCAGCCAGUACAGCAGCUCCAACGGGCAUUUCUACCCCACACUCGGCUCGACGGGAAUCAUCUAUCACCGUGAGGGCACGGAGGUUUAACAAGACAUUAAAUUUGACUCUCGACAGGAACUUUUACCUGUCUGGUCACUUUUGUUUGAGAGAGGCUCACUUGAGUGAAAGACACACAAACAGUUUGCGCUGACUGAGACAGUUGAGAUCACUAAAGCGUGUGACAGCAGAGUAAAAAGGCUUUAAUUCCCACAGUAACUGCUGAGUUAGCCAUUCAGGACUGCCAGUGUCACUCUCUCAAACCGCAGUCAGCCUCACUAUCAGAUCCUCAGUCAGCUUUUAUUCAAACUAACGCUAGUCUCUAUCAGAUCUGACUCAUUAUUAACAGAUCCUGGAUCUGAUCUGCUGACAUCAGGCCAUUCCACACUGCUAUCUGUGAUUCUUUGAUGGUAUCACCUAAAUACAACGCUCAGACAGCACAUUUAGAGGAGUAGUUAAAUUACACCAUUGUCUACAUUGUGUGUGUACAAAAGGUAAAAGGUAGACUUUCUGUCAUAUUUUUUGUCAAAUUAAAGCUCAACAAUCUGAUGAACUUACAGUCUUGGAGUCUGAUGAUAGUAAUUGUACUUUGUAAAUAUGUCAAUGUGUUGUGGAACGUUAUACAUUUAUGUUUUUGGUGUACUGUUAUUGUACAAAACUCAUUCCUUAUCAUGGUGUAUGCUAUAAAUGUCGUGUUUUUGAUAUGAAUAAAAGGUUUUAGACUUCUAAA